UCUUAAGCAUCCAUGAUGAUGAUACCACCCACUGUUCUAGAGCCCUCGGCUAGCUGGCUGGCUGGCGGCGGCGGCGGCUCUGGCCAGUCAGCGGGCCAGUCGGUCAGUCAGUCAGUCAGUGUAGCCAAGUUCGUCAGGAUGGGACGGCUGAGCGGCUUCCUUCUCCUGGUGGUGUUUUCCUUCGCUUCUUCGGCGUCUCUUGAAGAGCAGACGGAGCCUGAGGAUGUCUUGAGGACGAUCGUCGAGGGGCAGCAGAACGUCCUGCAGAAAAUUGAAGAACAGCAAGCUACGAUACAAACAAUGAUGGAGGAACUUUAUGCCAAAGUAGCUGAUGUAGACAAGAGCCAGAAACAGCUGGAAGAGACCGUGAGAGAGCAAGGGAAGGCCGCUGAUAUCUUAGCGGACGAACAAGGAAAGAUGAUUGAAACUAAGUUGACGGAGCAAGAACUCAAAAUGGAAAAGCUGCUGGAAGAAGCUGAGAAGAUCUCGGUCAAGAAUAUGGAAGUACAGCAGGAUGUCAUCUUAGAGUUUGUUGGGCAAUGUUCCGAUCAGAAAGUGACCUUCCACGAUAUUUUCAAGGAUCUGCUAAAUACAGAUGAAUGCCGAGAUGGAAGCCACAACUGUAGCGAUCACGCGACCUGCAAAGACUCGCUUGUUCUGUACCACUGUACCUGCUUACCGGGGUACACAGGAGACGGCAUUUCCUGUAUGGACAUAGACGAGUGCCUGGAGGACCCAGACAGAUGCGGUGAAGGAGGCACUUGCGUUAAUCACCCUGGUAGCUACAGCUGCAACUGCCACAUCGGUUUCACCGAAGAAGACAGGACAUGCAUUGACAUUGACGAGUGCAAGGCUAAAUUGGACGAGUGCCACACGUUUGCCAACUGCAUGAACACCAUUGGCAGUUACGAGUGCCAGUGUUAUAACUCCUACUUCGGCGAUGGGCGAACUUGCACAGGUUGUUACGAAAAUGAAUUCGAGUGCAAAGACGGUUCUUGCAUAGCGAGACAGAACCGCUGUGAUGGAAGAUACGACUGUCUGGAUUACAGUGACGAAGAGGACUGUCCCACAGACUGCGUCGGUUGGAAGUGUACUGACGGUACCUGCAUCAAGAGAGACCAGCUGUGCGAUAAUUCCACCGACUGUCCUGAUGGCAGUGACGAAGAUGGAUGUCCCAUAGGUUGUGACGAGGAUACCCAAUGGACGUGCAAUGACGGUUCCUGCAUAACUCGUUAUCGCCGCUGUGACAAACGGUUCGAUUGUAAGGAUUUCAGUGACGAGGAAUUCUGCGUACACGAAUGCCCCAGCAGCGACUGGAUGUGUCAGGACGGCUCUUGCAUCUCGAAAAAGAAGAGAUGCGACUGUGUGAAUGACUGCGCUGACGAAUCAGACGAAAUGGAGUGUCCCUCUGUUCAGUGCCGGACGGAGAACAUAUUCGACGAGCUGAAAGAGCAGCUUCAAAGCUCUCAAGUCCCACCAGAAAACUGAUACAGGAGAGGAGAUGAAAUCUCGAGAGAGAGAGGGAGAGGAAGAGGGAGAGGGAGAGAGCGCAACUCGGGAAGAGAAGAGAUCGCGAGGAGAUGACGGUGGAAAAAGAGAGAUAAUUUAACUUUUCGGGAGAUGAUAAUCCUGUAGUGAAUAGUUAUUGUUAAGGAAGGAGAGAUCAUUCUAAUACUUUUUUUUUUGUAAUAUUAUUCUGCACAAUUAUUGAUAUUUUUUUCAGUAAUAAUUCGUUACCUCUGUCUUGUUUUGACUUUUCAAUUCGUUUUCAUGAUGAUCUUUGAUGGUGCUUUCAAAAGAUGUUAUAAGUGAAUGAAUUGAUAUUCUCAUAUAUAUAGUUUUUUUAAUCAUAAUCUGUUAUGAUUUUCUUCAGAUAUGUACAAUCAUUAUUGAUAAUGUUAAUAAACUGAUACAUAUAC